AUUAAUGUGUUUUUCACUGCACCACUGUAGAGCAGUAAAUGUAUCAGGCUGUAAUAACUCUACAUUUAGAUUCUAUGAGUUUUUGAAUUCUGUCAGUGAUUUGAUUCCACUGCAUUAUUUGAUAGAUAGAUAGAUAGAUGGAUACUUUAUUAAUCCCGAGGGAAAUUCAGAAAAAUGACAAUUUCAUCUAACAGUUACUUUGCAGAUAAGGAAUAAAUCAUGCAAGAUAUAAUAAACAAGUAAAAUAAGUAAAUACACGAGCUAUAUCUCACAAGCAAACCAGAAAAAAUAGUCACCACUUGACCCAGUCUGUGUAUUGAAGUAAUGCACAUGUUAGUAUAUUUGGGUUUAUAUAUUUAUUUGCGCCAGAGUAUUUCUACAUAUUUGUACACUUCUUCCAUCUGUCCUUGUUUUUUCUUAGAUUGUUACCGAAGAAAAGUGAAAAGACCAAACUCAACAUCCACUCGAAGCCAUGUCUGCUGGGAACAACCCAGAGAAUAACGGAAUCGUUCAGCCAAUCAAAUCCCACCGAGGUGUCGACCCCAUCCAAUCACAGCGCCUCACCAGCAGCAGCCACCAUCCGCUAGCUUCUUUUAGCAUCUUUAGCUAACCCCCCGGAGCCAGAGACCCUCCUGUCCGCUCUCUGUCGGUUAUGUGUGUCGCUUGAUUCCUCCCGAGGUUGACGGUGCGAGCGACUGACGCGAAGCUGCGGUGUGAAGAUGCAGUUCAUGCUGCUGUUCAGCAGGCAGGGAAAGCUGCGCCUACAGAAAUGGUACGUGCCUCUGUCCGACAAGGAGAGGAAGAAGAUCUCCAGGGACCUGGUGCAGACCAUACUGGCCAGGAAACCCAAGAUGUGCAGCUUCUUGGAGUGGAGGGACCUCAAGAUUGUGUACAAGAGAUAUGCAAGCCUGUACUUCUGCUGUGCUGUCGAGGAUCAGGACAACGAGCUGAUCACGUUGGAAAUCAUCCACAGAUACGUGGAGCUGCUGGACAAAUACUUUGGCAGUGUGUGUGAGCUGGAUAUCAUCUUCAACUUUGAGAAGGCCUACUUCAUCCUGGAUGAGUUCCUGCUGGGUGGAGAGGCCCAGGAGACGUCAAAGAAGAACGUGCUGAAGGCCAUUGAGCAGGCCGACCUGCUGCAGGAGGAGGCCGAGGCGCCACGGAGCGUUUUGGAGGAGAUUGGGCUGACAUAAACCACCCCUCUGCUGCCUCGCCGUUCUUUCCUCCAAUUCAGAUCUGGCAACAUCCAUGACUCCCCCACCUUCUCCUGGUCACUGUGUCAGCGUUGUAUGUAUAUUUUCACCAUCUCUGUACUGUACUCUCUUGUAAUGUCCUUUCAAUGUGGUGCCAACUGUGCUUUUGAUGUCUCCUUAUGUACAAGCUCCCUCGCUGUAUCCCGCUGUGCUAUUAUCGUACGUCACUCUCGUAACUUCUUCAAAACACCACAGAGAACAAUGUAGCAACAUUAAAUCUCCAUCAUCAUAUUAGGAUCAUCCAUCAUCACCGAUUGAAGGGUUGGUUGUGCUAUUUGGCUUCAGGAACUUUUUAGGUGCUGUUGAAGCCGCAGUCGGUUUGAGUCACAGAGAAAAGCAUUGAUUUCUUAACCUUUCCAACCAAGUGGAUGAAGAAGACUUUGCUAUCAAAUAAUAAAUGUUAAAUCUGCUUGUUGUACAAAUUGAGUAAGGGGAUAUGUCAUUUUGGGCUGUUGUCUGGGACCCUGUUCAGACUUGGGUGUUACCAUCUGCCCUGAGUGAUCUGAUCACACGUGCUCAGCGCUAACUACUGUUCUGAUCGACCCAAAUGUGUCCUCAAUGCAUCCUGAGAUCCAAGCAAUCAGACCACAUUCGGAAUUUGUUUGCUUAGAGCUGUACACUCGUGAUCGGGUGAAUGGUAAUAUCAAGUCUGAACAGAGCCUAGAAGUAACUUCUGAAUAACAGCAGUGUUGUGAAAUGACCUCCUGGGUAGUUUUUUUUUUUAAUGAUCAUCAGGAAUGCAUUUUUUGUAAGAUCUGUUGCUCAGCUCUGUGGCUCAAAUAUAACAAUUAAACUUCAACUUGG